AGUGAAGCCACUUCCGGCUCUUCCUGGCGCCUUCCGCACUUCUCUUCCGGGUAGUGGUGACCGGGUGCCCCGGAUGUGGCUCUAGCAAAAGCUUCCCCGCUUUUCUUCCCCGCCUUCCCUGGCGCUCCAGGUGAUCUCGCGCGGCUUUGAGAAGGGGCGCUCUGUCUUGUCAUGCCGAAGAGGAAAGUGACCUUCCAGGGCGUGGGAGAUGAAGAUGAUGAGGAUGAAAUGCUUGCCCCCAAGAAGAAGCUGGUGGACCCUGUGGCUGUGGCAGGGGGCCCUGGGAGCCGCUUCAAAGGCAAACACUCUUUGGACAGCGAUGAAGAGGAUGACGAUGAGGAGGGGUCCCGCAAAUAUGACAUCCUGGCCUCAGAGGAUGUGGAGGGUCAGGAAGCAGCCACACUCCCCAGCGAGGGGGGUGUGCGAAUCACGCCCUUCAACCUGCAGGAAGAAAUGGAGGAAGGCCACUUUGAUGCAGACGGCAACUACUUUCUGAACCGGGAUGCCCAGAUCCGAGACAGCUGGCUGGACAACAUUGACUGGGUAAAGAUCCGGGAGCGACCACCUGAUCAGGGCCGGGCUUCAGACUCAGAGGAGGAAGACGGCCUGGGCCAGACACCAAUGAGUGCCCAAGCCCUCCUGGAGGGUCUUCUGGAGCUGCUGUUGCCGAGAGAGACAGUUGCUGGAGCACUGAGGCGCCUGGGGGCUCGUGGAGGGGGCAAAGGAGACAGCAAGGGUCCUGGGCGGCCCAGCUCCCCCCAGCGCCUUGACCGCCUCUCAGGAUUGGCCGAUCAGAUGGUGGCCCGGGGCAACCUUGGGGUGUACCAGGAGACUCGGGAACGGUUGGCCAUGCGGCUGAAGGGGCUAGGGUGCCGGACCCAGGGAUCUCAUGACCCCACACCCCCACCUUCUCUGGACAUGUUUGCUGAGGAAGUGACAGAGGGGGAGCUGGAGACCCCAACCCCUGCCCAGAAAGGAGAAGCAGAAUCGCUAGGGGAUGGUCUGGCGGACGUGAUGUGGGAAUAUAAGUGGGAGAACACAGGGGAUGCUGAGCUCUAUGGGCCCUUCACCAGCACUCAGAUGCAGACCUGGGUGAAUGAAGGCUACUUCCCGGAUGGUGUGUAUUGCCGGAAGCUGGACCCCCCUGGUGGUCAGUUCUACAACUCCAAACGCAUUGAUUUUGACCUCUACACCUGAGCCCACUGAGGGCCCAGUAUACUUUUCUGGACUCUGAAUUGGCCCCAACUGCCUCAGGCGGUGAGGACAUUGAGGGCCACUUCUCAGCUUCCCUUUCCCAAUAAAAGUCUUUAGUUGUGUA